GGCGGCUCGCGCACCAAACUCUCGGCAAGGAGGUGACUUGAACAGGUAGAAGGGAAAGAGGGUAUGCUCCGACGAGGGUAUAAACGCCAGAUCAAUCCAAGCUGCUCCUCUGUCUGACCUGCAAGCGCCUCUCGAGCCCUCUCGCCGCCUCCACCGCUCCCUUCCAAACAGCAACUGCAGGGGCACAUGCAUACGGCGGCGACGUUGCUCUUGUUCCUGAUGAUGGGCAUGAUUGCGCCGUUUUCGUGCAAACACGAAAGCGACCUGCCCUCCUCUUUCAAAGACAUUGACGGCAAGUAUGCAGCCGUUUCCAUCGACAGACCGGACAGACCGAGGCACUUUGUCACCGCAGACGAGCUGAAAUUGUACCUCGACCAAUUACGCACCUAUUACGCCAUGGCAGGGAGACCGAGAUUCGGCAAGAGAGAUCCAAUAUUGGCGGUGCAACAGCAUCACACUCUGUCGGCUGGGAAGUCCAGAGAAUUGCACCACGUAACUCUACCAGAAGAUGACUAUGGAGAUUCCGUGGGGCAGCCCUUUUACAGGACCGACUUUGCUGAUGGCAAUGAUGAGGCUUAAGCACUGCUUGACCCUGGCUAGAAUUCGCUUCUUCCUUCUGCUCACUGAUCUCGCACGGUUUCUGGCGUGUCGCUAAAUUUUGUCAUGUUUUUCCUGACAAGCAAAUUCAACAUAAAAAAUUUAAAAGAAAAAACAAUUGAGAUGUCAUCUUUCGUUCAAAAGCUGAAAUACUUUUCUUCUUCUAAUAUGCAAGAUGCAAAAUAAAAUCAUAAGAAAGUGCGAGUGUGAAUUUAUAAGAGCAAAUAAAAGUCUCAGUCGCGGUAAUUUCAGAUAAACGCGGAUGUUGUAUGAAUUAUUUCUAGUAAAUAUUUUAUCUCUAAAUAUUGUCCAAGGACUCGGCAAAAAUGCAAAGAGCCACAAUUGUACUGGAAUUUUGUUAUCGCGCACCAGCAAAAUAAUGCUUUAAUUUACAAAAUACUAGUGCUCGUGGAAGCCCAUCCUUUUACGCAAUUAUUGUGUUGCUUGCGUGCAAUCAAGAUUUUUAUCACCUAUUGUCAUGCCUAAUUUAUAAAUUCAGCCAGCUGGCUGCGACGCACGCUAUUUUUUUAAUGAAGUCAGUCACAGAUUUGCAUAGCAAUGCUAAACGAGCGGCUCUCUUUUGUGCUUUUGUAACAAGAGAAACCGCGCAUCCUGUCAUUAUGAAGUGUUUUUGAGGCUGGAGGACACUCAUACCUGUUGUGUUCGAGUUUUCUGGUUGGCAUUUAUUUACCGUACAAUAUAAAACGCACUUUGCAUUUUGUGUUCGAGGUCGCGAUUUCAGCAGGCCCUCCAACUUUGUAUUGUUUGAGUGAUGGUGUCAAUAAAUGUCUAGUUUAUUCCUUCUUAACAA